UAUUAUUCAUACCUUGUGUUCAAGCAAAUUGGAGAUCCGGCUUUGCUAAAUGGCCUAAAUGAUGCACAUAUGUAUUUAUAUAUACAUUUAAAAAACAAAACCUAAGGAGGAAGAUUGGACUUUACAUACUAAAAGAGAGGGCAAAUGACACUCGGGUAGCCUCAAAGUAAAGCACUUGCUCAAAAAGAAAAGGGCUGAAGUGGGGUUGAAGCAUGGGCUGUGCUUCAAGCAUUCAUAUAUCUGAUAGGGUGGUCUACCACAGUGGAAAAGAGUCUGAGGAUUCCCACUCACCCCAGCAGACUAAUACCACUCAGCAUCAAGGAAAUCCUGCCUCCGGACUACCCCUAAAACCCCUGAGCAGCAAGACCACAUUAACAGAGGUGCAAUUUGGACCAAUGAAGCUAUUUAAAGACCCACUUCAGGUACUUUUAGUUUUUGCCAAAGAGGACAGUCAGAGUAAUGGCUUCUGCUGGGCAUGUGAGAAGGCCAACUUCAGGUGCAGCAUGGCCCGAACACCUGAGUCGGCUCUGGAAUGCUUCUUGGAGAAGCAUCAUGACCUCGUCAUCAUUGACCACAGACAUUCCAGACACUUUGAUGCUGAAGCACUAUGCCGGUCAAUGAGAGCGGUCACCUCCUCAGAAAACACUGUGAUAGUCGCUGUUGUGAAAAGGCCAGACAGAGAGGAAGCCUCUGUGAUGCCCCUGAUCAAUGCCGGUUUUAAUAGGAGAUAUGUGGAGAAUGCCAAUAUGAUGGCCUGCUACAAUGAGCUGCUACAGUUGGAGCAUGGGGAGGUGCGGGCGCAGUUCAAAUUGAGGGCUGGAAAUGCUAUUUUCACAGCUCUAGAACAAAGCCAAGAGGCCAUAGAGAUCACUUCUGAAGAUCAAGUAAUACAGUAUGUGAAUCCUGCCUAUGAGUCCAUUAUGGGCUACCAACAAGGCGAGCUAAUAGGAAAGGAAAUAAUAGAAGUGCCUAAAAGUGAGAAGAAUAAGCCUGAUCUCCUUGAAACAAUAAACUCCUGCAUACGGAAAGGAAAGGAGUGGCAGGGGAUUUAUUAUGCCAAAAAGAAAAAUGGAGAUAGCAUUCAGCAAAAUGUGAAGAUCACACCUGUAAUUGGACAGGGCGGAAAAAUCAGACACUAUGUGUCUAUCAACAGGCCUUUAAAUGAUAAUAAUAAGAGCGAUAGAUCCAGUGAACGUGUGCAGGCAGAAUCUCAGACAGACAUCCAAUCUAGUAAGCACAAAGACCGGAGGAAAGGCUCUCUGGAUGUCAGAUCCACAACAUCUCGGGGGAGUGAUGGGAGCUCACAGCGAAGGCACUCAUCAAUGGCCCGAAUCCACUCCAUGACUAUAGAAGCUCCCAUCACCAAGGUAAUCAACAUCAUCAAUGCAGCGCAGGAAAGCAGUCCCAUGCCUGUGGCAGAGGCCUUGGAUCGGGUACUAGAAAUUCUGAGGACAACUGAGCUCUACUCCCCACAGUUGGGCACCAAGGAUGAAGACCCUCAUACAAAUGACCUUGUGGGGGGACUGAUGACGGAUGGUUUGCGCAGAUUGUCAGGAAAUGAAUACAUAUUUUCCACAAAACACCCCCACCAUAUCCCCAGUCACCUGACAACUCCUCUUUCGUUAAAUGACAUCCCCCCUCGUAUCGCCCAGACCAUGGAGAACGAGGACUCUUGGGAUUUUGACAUCUUCAACUUGGAGGCUGCAACCAUGAAACGGCCUUUGACCUACUUGGGCCUUAAGAUCUUCUCCCGCUUUGGGGUUUGCGAGUUCCUAAACUGCCCUGAGGCUACUUUGCGCUCCUGGCUACAAGUGAUUGAGGCUAACUAUCACUCCAGUAACUCCUACCACAACUCGACUCAUGCUGCUGAUGUCCUGCACGCAACGGCAUAUUUUCUCUGCAAGGAGAGGGUCAAGCAAAGUUUGGAUCCCAUUGAUGAGGUGGCCGCCCUGAUUGCUGCUACUGUGCAUGAUGUCGACCACCCAGGCCGCACCAACAGCUUCCUGUGCAAUGCAGGAAGCGAGCUGGCCAUUCUCUACAAUGACACAGCUGUACUAGAGAGCCAUCAUGCAGCACUGGCCUUCCAGAUCACCACAAGAGAUGAUAAGUGCAACAUCUUCAAGAACAUUGAAAGGAAUGAAUAUCGAACACUACGACAGGCCAUCAUUGAUAUGGUGCUUGCAACUGAGAUGACCAAACACUUUGAACAUGUCAACAAAUUUGUCAACAGUAUCAACAAGCCACUGGCUGCCCUGGAAGAGAAUGGGGGAAACGGUGAUGAGGAAUCGGUCAAAAGCAUUCUGACGUCCCCUGAGAAUCGCAUUCUUGUCAAGCGGAUGCUGAUUAAGUGUGCGGACAUCUCCAAUCCAUGUAGGCAUCAGGAGCUCUGUAUAGAAUGGGCCGGACGCAUUUCAGAGGAAUAUUUUGCACAGACGGACGAGGAGAAGAGACAAGGUCUACCAGUGGUUAUGCCUGUGUUUGACAGAAACACGUGUAGCAUCCCGAAGUCCCAGAUUUCCUUCAUAGACUACUUCAUUACAGACAUGUUUGAUGCAUGGGAUGCUUUUGCAGACCUCCCCAAUCUUAUGCAGCACUUGGACAACAACUUCAAGUACUGGAAAGGCCUGGAUGACAGGAGGCUACACAGCCUGCGACCGCCUCCAGAGUAGGUACUGCAGUGUUCAGCCCUGAGACUCUGCAGUCCGGGGUAGUCAUCCUGUCUUUUGCUGGGGUGUCUCUCUCCCUGCCAGCCCAGCCAACCAAAGGGCCUCCUCGCCUUCACUCUCCUGCUUCUGUAGCGCGCCAAGCGUCCACGUGUCUAUCGAUACAGAAACCACAAAAAGACUUCCUGACAGGCAAUUGCAGCAAUAACAUUGCUGGAUUUACCACCCUGUCAGAUGGAGAACUGUGACAUAGAGACACGGACACACAGCAUCUUUAUAAACUUCUUGUGCCUCUCAGGCAUUCGUAGCUGGUCAAGGGACAUGACUGAGUGAAGGUCCUUUAAAGCCUCCUCAAAGCAUCCAUCCCUUAAUUACCAUGUGGGCUCUUUUGUCUGCUGUUUGAAUAAAAACUACUUGUUUACUAAAGGAGUGAGCAACACUGGAGGAAAGGAUGAAAGGGUGGUCUGGAUAUGAAGGUGUAGCCAUAUAAUCACCUUUGACAUCCAUCCCUGUGCUUGCAAGUAAGGCAGGACUGCUCACUCUGCCCCUGGAGGCCACACCAUGAAAGAACACUCCACUGCUUGUGUGUGUGUUUUUGAUUUGUUUUGUUUCCCGUGUGUCCUUCAGAAACACAUCCACGUUGACACAUAGCUGUCAUGAGACACGUGUGUGAGGAGAUGCUUUCUUUUUGGGUCAGGAAGUGGAUCUUCACUUUAGGCCAUUUCUGAAAAACAAAAACCUCAACGUUAUGAUCAUAGGUAACUAAUUACAGAUGAUUUGGUAUGUUAAUUUUUCUUAGAUGUUCCAUAUUUUCUAUAUUAUAAUUAAUAAAUGAAUUAGUUGAUAAAUAAGAACAAAAUGAAUUCAAAAGAGAGAGAAGCCAAAGUUGAUGAAGACACAACUCUCAAAAAAUGUACAAUUAUUCAAAUGAAGCAUUACCAUAUUAAACAUUUUUAUUUUCUUAACAAAAAUACAGAACCAGUUUGAAUGAACACUUUUGUAUUGCACUGUAAACAAUAUUAGAAAUGUCUCAGUGACUUGUCCAGGGAUGGGAUGUUGCAUUGGAGAAUAAGCUGUCAUUGUUGAUCAUCAGGAGUGUGUGUGUGUGUGGGUGUGCAUCUGUGUAUGUAUGGGUGUGUUUGGGUUGUAGAUGUGGGUGCGUGGGCAUAUUAAUUGUUGCAACAAUCCCUUACUCUUGGUUUAAUGCUGUAAACCGCUUGACAUUUGACAACAGCAGAAAUAUGUGAAAACAUUUUGGACUUGAAAAUUUUUUCUCCCAGAAAUUUUUGUACCUGGUUUAUCCUACUGAAAAGACUGCCUUAUUUUAUACAAUAUUUAUACAGUACAUCCCACUGUGCAACUGCAAUGGACAUCUGAAGUUUUUAUUAUGACAUAGUCAGAAGGUUAGGUUCAAGUAAAUCUCAAUAUUUUUAUAGACAAUGAAUUUUACACUGGAUUUGCAGCAAAUGAGAUCAACCAUUAUAGCUGUCUGAAUACCACAGAGCAUGUAUACAGAGAACUAAAUGGUUAUGAAGAAUGUGGAUCGCAGAGUUGUCUAUCACUGUCUUUAAGCAGUCUCCUAGAGGCCAGCUUGCAUGAGUUUCUGAACAAACACCAUUCUGUUUUGGCCACUUGUCCAGCAUCUUUAUGCACAGACCCAAGGAACAGCUUUUUGUUCAAGGUUGGUUUCAGAUUAGGAUACUAAUAUAUGUUUAAAGAUUGUUACUUAUUAAGAAUAGUUCCUCUUUAAACAGUAAUAAAUGCCAUAACAGCUAAGCAAAUGAUGGUUGGUAAGAUGUAUUGACCAUAAUUAUUUUUGUUUCUCUUUAAUGACAGACUUGUACUCUCAAUCAAGGGAUUUGUUUGUUCCUUCUGAUUCACAUCUUGGUCUGAAGGCACGGAAAAAAAUUUGAAACUAUUCAAUGAAAAAUAAAAUAUCAAUUAUA